UUUUUCUUGGGGGGUCCAGAAGGAUGUUAAGGUGAGAUGGUCGAAAAACUGAUUACAAUUUCAAGAUUAUCGGAAUCAAUUUUAGAGCCAAUUAGUUGACAAUGGUCUGCAAACAUCAAUUGGUUGAAUGACAACUAAACCUCCCACUGUUUGGUUAACCAAUAUCAAAAGAUCCAUGCCAAAGUAUUUAUAUUUUUGUUUUCCUGCUACUAUCUCAUUGAGGGAUAAAAUGACCAACAAAGUUAAUAGUAAAGGAAAAGCUGCAACAGAUGAUGAUGAGUAGACAAAGUGGCAAAAAGAGCAAUCAAAGAUGAUCCAAGUUGGUGAAUAUAUCCUGCUGAUGUUGUUUGUCCACCAAUGAAUGGGACUGCAAUAAGAGAUAUAAAAUCACAUUUACCUUGUUAAAUGAUUGGGCCGCUAAUUGGCUAAUAAGAAGUGCAACAAUUUUGGUAAAGAAAACAAAAUACGGUGAUUUACUAGCAAUAUUGAGCUUUUUUAUGAGCAUUUAUUUUUAAUCUAUUACCUGACUAUCUUUGAAGACCUCCCAACAUGGUGAUGAUUCGAGUUAUCCUUCUCUAACUCAUAUCUCUCAUCCCAUCUUUCAAAGAUACUUUCUUCUCUUCUCUCUCUUUUUCCAACUUUUUUUAUGAUCUCUUUUUACUAGCCUAACAACGACAUUUUAUUUCUAAGUGUUUACAGUGAUGGACAAGUUGAGUAUGGUCCGUCAAUCAGUUAUCUAGACUAGGCUUGGUUCAGCCGGCGGGCAAAGUAAGAUGACAACGAUUUGAUAGGAGGGGAAAAAGGCAAUCCAGUAAUCAUGUUGGUCCUGAUGAUGAUGAUAAUGAGGCAACUAGUAGUUGUGGAGGUGGCGGUGGUGGUGGUGGUGGCAGUGGAGGGAGGAAGGUUGAGAAAAGUAAAGAAAUGGUUGGAUAAUAAAAGGUAAACAAAACGGUAACCAAUUCACCAUUUACUUUGCUCUUUUCAGCUUCAAAGUUACCUUUUCCCUCCCACCCAAUCUCCAUUGCCUCAAGGUACAUAUUUACACCCUCAAUUCUAGGAUUUAUACUUUUCUUGUUAUUGGUUUCAAGAUUGUGACUGUACAUUCGUUGAGUGCUUAUUCCUGCGUCCACCAAGUUUCAUUUUGUCAUUGUGGUUGUUAACAUAUUGUUGUUAGAUUUUUCAAUUAACAAGUCAAUUUGGUAAAAUAGUCGCAAAAAUUGAGAUUGGCCUUUGCAUUGGAACAUCUGAAAAGGAAAAGAUUUCAUUCCUUCUUUAUUCUUAUUGUUGUGCUGUUAAACAUCGAGAAAAUACGAAAUGAUUUCAGAGCCAUUUACAAAGUCAAUUGUUGCUCCUGAUAAGUUAAUCAACCCAACAACAGCGCAAAUCAAUUCAGUUCCACCAACAUUUUCCUGGUUCUCAAAUUAUGUCCAUUACUAUCUUUUCUGGCAACGUUGUUACAACAAUAAUAUCAACCAACCAUCAACAUGUGAAUUGUUCAACAACUCUCUUGAUCAAGUCUCAUCUUCAUCGCCAUCCUCUUCUUCAUCUUCAAUCUCAACACCAACAGCCAGCAAGAUAAUAGGUUCAUUGUCAUCACCAAGUUCACGAAAAAAGUUCAACUUUUCCAAGCUUGCUCAAUCAGCAUUGGAAAAAGACAAUCUCGAGGAAAACAAAACAUUGAUUAACCCAAAUAAAGAUUCACCAAUUUCCCAAGCUCAAAUGUCAUCGCUGAGAGAUCCACUGAUUUCCUCAACAACGUCUUGUCCAGGAUCAUCAUCAUCGCCAUCAAUAGCCAGGUUAAAGUCGCAAGAAACCUCUUCAUGUGAAUUAGCCAACUGUUUGGUGGGCAAGAAAGCUCGCUAUAAUCGACCGAAAAGAAGUUUUACUUGCCGUUUCUGCCAAAGACAAUUUACUAAAUCUUAUAAUUUAAUGAUUCAUGUUCGUACUCACACCAAUGAAAGGCCUUACACUUGCGAUACUUGCCACAAAUCAUUUAGGAGACAAGACCAUCUUCGUGAUCACAGGUACAUCCACAUGAAGGAGAAACCAUUUAAAUGUAGUAUUUGUGGCAAAGGAUUUUGUCAAAAUCGGAUAUUGACAGCCCAUCUCACAACUCAUACGCAGUUGAAUGGAUUUUGAAGUUUACUCUAUUAUUGACCAAUUCAAAUGAAAUAAUAGCAAUGGUAUUCCGUGUGUUUGUAUAAUCUCAAUGAGGAUGAUAUUAUUAAAGAUGUAAGGCUUUUUUCUUGUGUUGCUGUUUCCAAUGGUUAUCGUUAUGAAAUGAUUGAAGACUACGACUACGAUGAUGAUUCCAACCGCACUUUUGCAUCAUAUUUGAAUGAUAAAGGUUUUUUUCGUUCGGUUGAUGGUACUUCCUGGUUUAAUUAUCCUCAAUCCAUUGUUCUCCUUUAUCUUUCUAUUAUUUUGAUAAGUUUGCUAAUUUUAUUAGCAGUCAAGAUGAACAAAAAACCUUCAAAUAUGACAAGAGAUGGUUCCACAAAAUCAAGAGGGUCUAUACCCACACUGACAACAACUUCAUCAUCAACCACAUCAACAGUAUCUAGAUCACCAACUAGACUAGAUUUGGCAGGUCCAUCGGAUUACAAAACAACGGAAAUGGACAAAUAACAAACAAUCAUUGAUCCUUAACAUAAUUAUUUGUCAACUAAUUUACACUUUAAUUGAAUAAAGUUAUUGGAUAUAAUCUAAUGUUACAAAAUUA